AAGGGUACCUUAAUGGUGAACCAGGCCAAUUUCUGAUUCAUUGCUUCAAGCCAGCCAUAAUCGCUCCUUCCUUCUCAUUCAAAACUUGUCACAAAACCUUCUACUUCUUCAAAAACUUGUGGCUUCUGACACAUUACGGGACCCCAAAACCAAGGCGGCUCUACUACUCGGACUUGGUUUAAUUUGCUCCUUCACAUUCACGGGAUCUGCUUCGUCUCUGGAACUUCCAUUUCUGGGUUUUUUCACUCCAAUGCUCUCUAUCUUCUCACAUGGGCCUUAUUUCGUAUCCAUCGUCGUUGAUGCUCGAGUUCUCAUCCUUCUUUCCUCGUCUCUAAUUCCCACGCGUUGGUAUAGUAUCCUUAAAAUUGAGAGUCCAGUGGGCCUGUAUCAAGCACAAUGGGUGAAGCAGUUACCGUAACUAAGCUCAAUUCAACAGCGCAGUAUUAGUCCAAUCAUAAUGCCAUUCCGAGAUUUUGUUCGUGAGCUCAGGGAAAUUCGAGAUGGCAUGGGUAAUAUAUCUCGAAGAGGGAUAGAUGCCAGGCGUAAUUAUUGCCGUGGAAAAUCUCUCAUUGCACCUGAAUUGUCCUCACCAGCAUCAUCAUCUUUGUUAGUGACUGAGCAGGGCCACUGGGCUAACUUGCCGCCUGAGUUGUUGUUAGACAUAAUUCAAAGGGUGGAAGCAAGUGAAACUUCCUGGCCUGCCCGGAGGGCCGUUGUAGCCUGUGCCUCAGUUUGUAGGUCAUGGAGAAAAAUAACAGAGGAGCUGGUGAAGACACCAGAACAGUGUGGGUGGCUUACCUUUCCCAUAUCGCUGAAGCAGCCUGGUCCAAGAGAGACUCCAAUUCAGUGUUUUAUAAAGAGAGAAAGGGCAACUUCAAAAUAUCAUUUAUAUCUUGGUUUGAGCCCAGCUCUCUCUGGUGAUAUGAGCAAGCUGCUACUGGCAGCAAAGAAGAUUAGACGGACAACAUGUACAGAAUUUUUUAUAUCCUUGGUCGCAGAUGAUUUUUCUAAAGCAAACAAUACUUAUGUUGGAAAGUUGAGGUCGAAUUUUCUAGGCACCAAGUUCAUGAUCUUGGAUAGUCAGAUUCCGCUUGGCUCUUCCCUUCCAUUGAAUAAUAAUAAAUUGCAGCAAAGAAUCCAUUCAAAGCAGGUUCUUCCAAGGGUUGCUGCUGCAAAGUGUAAUGUGGCCACCAUAUCCUAUGAGCUCAAUGUUCUCCGCACAAGAGGUCCAAGGAGAAUGCGGUGUACCAUGCAUUCAAUUCCCAUAUCUUCCGUCCAAGAAGGGGGCACUGCUCCUACUCCUUUGAAGUUUACUAAUUGCCUCGAUGAACAUUUAUCUACCACGCUCAUAUCAAAGGGAAAAGAGCCAGGAGUUGAGCAUGACACCAUUAGUGAUGACAUGCCCCCAGAAUUGUACGUCUCGGGAGAACCACUUAUUUUGAAAAAUAAAGCUCCUAGAUGGCAUGAACAACUGCAAUGUUGGUGCUUGAAUUUCAAGGGACGUGUUACAGUGGCCUCAGUGAAGAACUUCCAGCUCGUAGCAGCUGCAGAACCUCAACAAAAUGUUUCAGCGGCAGAACAAGAUAGAGUGAUACUACAAUUUGGGAAGAUUGGAAAGGACAUAUUCACCAUGGAUUACCGUUAUCCCCUCUCUGCAUUUCAAGCCUUUGCAAUAUGCUUGAGCAGCUUUGACACCAAACCUGCUUGCGAGUGAUCAUAUGCCUUGUCUUAUAGUGGGCUAACUUCAUGCUACCCUUCCCUUCCUAUACAUGUAAAUAUAUCUUGAAAAGAACGAGGGAAGAAAGAGGAAGUUGGGCUACUACUCUUGCGCCAAUUAAUGCCGUCAUCUGCAAUUGCAAUUUUGUUGACCCUGCUGUUAGGCUGUGUUUAAUUGGCAAGUUUGCUGAGUUAUUAACUUCUCCAUGCAUAUUGUAGCUGAUCGUGUAUUAAAAAAAAAAAAUUCCAAGUUAUGUAUUUUGCAAAAUGACGCGUUCUAUUGUAUAAUCCAUUUUGUAACUGAACCAGCUUUACUUCAAGUAGAAUGGUAACAGUUUGCAAUAUGGGCGAAAGGUCUGGGACUCUGUUUGGCUAGGAAAGCCCAUGUUUUAAAUUCUGACUUUUGCAUCUUUGAUCACUUUUGUUGACCUUCAUGGCUGGAGGAGGAAAAUGAUGAUUGAUGGUUCUUUAGGUUUAUAGUUUUGAUUA